AUGGCGUCUCUACUUGGAGAGCAACUAUAUGAAAUUACAGGUCAAGGUCUACCUCCUGAAAAAGAUUUCUUUCAACUCAUUAUUUCUCAAAAUUAGGUCAUAUGGAGAUCCUGGAGAAUUUCUUUAAGACUUGGAAGCUGGGGUGCUCCACCCAAAGAAGAGAAAGUAUUCCAUCAGGAUUUUCUACAACAUAACACAUUACAGAAAGAAAUAACAGCUGUGUUUGGACAAAGAAUCUUGGACUACACAACAUUGCUUUGUAAAGGACAGUUUGAUUAUCUGGAAAGACUACCUGAAGACAUUUUACUUCAAAUAUGUUCAUACCUUCAGCUGAAAGAGGUAGCACAGCUUACACAAGUCUCCCAUAAAUUUAGAGAGUUCUGCAAUUCAGAGAAGUUUUGGGAGCACAGAGUGAGGAACAUGCCCAACUUUUCCAGUGAGAUGGAGGUAUUAUGUGGUGCCAUGGGCUGGAAGAUGUCCUUUUUUAGUUUAUUCUACAACCAGAAUACAACAAAGAAACAGUGAACAAUAAACGAACAAAAUAGUAUCAGCCUACUUUCACUACACUCGUCACUUUCGUGAAUUUAGCAUAAUUACUCCAGUUCCUGUUUACAUUUGCUCCUGAUGACCUGU